UUUGAACACCUGGUUCCUUGAGCGCCGAAGACUUGGUUUCCCUGUUUCCGGUGAGGAUAUUAAAGGGCAAGCUGGAAGAGAAUUUCGGCAAUGGUGGGCAGAGCUUCCGAACGAAACGAAGGCCGAAAGACAAGAACAGAGACCCCUGCGAUACCUUUUCCAUGCAUCUGCACAUUGGCUUAGCAACUUUAUGGAAAGGAAACAAAUCAGCUGUCGAAGGAAGACCAAUGAUUCAAGGGGGUUACCUGACAACGCCCAGGCUUUAGUUGCCGACUACCGGGGAGAUUUUGCCGACCUCAUCAGAGACGCUGAUUUUGAUGUCAUCAUGAACACGAAUGAGACGUUCGUGUUGUUUGAUAUGGUGCCAAGAUCAACAAUGGAAGCGACUGGAUCCCAGAAUGUUGACAUUAGACCAUCCCAAGGCAACCCGAAACUUGGAUGCACGGUGACUCUGGUAGUUACGACAGACGGACGAAAAGGACGAGCCGAGCUCAACUUCAGAGGCUUGGCACCAGAUGGUGACGUCAUUCGGCAGCUUCAGGCGGAUGCUCCAGACAAUGUGCGAGUAACUGGUAGUCCACAGGGUUGGGCACGACACCAAUCGCUAAUCGAGUGGUUGCAGGCCCUGAUUGUGCCAUUUGUAGCAGGGGCCACGUUCCUGUUACUUUUAGACAGGUAUCCGGCGCAUCGAAAUCAGCAAUUUCGUGAUGCAAUCACCGCAGAGAAUGGGACAGACACUUUUAUCCCAGGACGAUGUACUUCGCUGCUGCAGCCCUUGGACUAA